AUGGCUUCUUUCCAUCUCCUAUCCUUACUGUUCUUCACUUCCUAUGCCUUGAGUUCCAUCAGCACUAGCACUACCAUUGCUGCUGAAGACCAAGCUAAGGCUCUCCUCAAAUGGAAAGCUAGUCUCAACAACCAAAGCCAAUCUAUUCUCCAUUCAUGGACACUGCUUGAUCCUAAUGCCACCAAUUCCUCUCUGCGAUCUGACCCAUGCAACAGUUGGGAUGGAAUUGCUUGCAACCAAAGGGGAAGCAUAACUGAAAUUAACUUACCAAGGAUGGGCUUGCAAGGUAUGGUUAACAACUUCCCCUUUCCUUCACUUCCUUCCCUCACACGUCUGGAUCUCACUAAUAACACACUUCUUGGUAGUGUUCCAUCCAACAUUCCUAACAUUUCGAACCAAUUCAGUGGAUCGAUACCUUACCAAAUGGGAAGUUUGAAAAAUCUUACUGUUCUGACCUUGUUCUCCAACAACCUCUCUGGUUCCGUACCUGAAUCUUUACGUAAUUUGAGCAAUCUACAGCAGCUGUCUUUGAACCAAAACAAUCUCAUUGGUUCAAUCCCUGUAUCUAUAGGUAGUCUGCCACUAGGCCUAUGCAUGAGUGGAUCACCCGAAAACUUCACUGCAUUUAACAACCAUCUCACAGGUCUUAUUCUGAAGGGCUUCAAAAACUGCUCAGGCUUGGUUAGAGUUCAACUCGAAAAUAACCAACUUGUUGCAAACUUAUCAGAAGACUUUGGGAUUUAUGAGAAGCUGAAUUACAUUGAUUUGAGCAAUAAUCAAUUGCAUGGUGAACUUUCAUCAACCUGGGGACAGUGCCAAAACCUGCAAGCUCUACAGAUGGCUGGGAACAAUAUUACUGGCAAGAUACCUCCAGAGCUUGCGAUGUUAACUCAACUGGGUAAACUUGACCUUUCUUCAAAUUACCUGGUAGGAGAAAUUCCUAAGGAAUUUGGUAAGUUGACAUCUUUUCUAGAUCUCACUCUGAGUAGUAACCAACUUUCUGGCAUUUUACCAUUAGAAGUUGGAAGGCUAUACAGCCUAACAAAUCUUGAUUUGUCAACAAACAGUUUCACUGGACAAAUACCAAAAGAAAUAGGGGAAUGCUCCAGCUUAUUAUAUCUUGAUUUAAGCAACAAAAAAUUUAAUGGAAGCAUUCCAUUUGAAAUUGGCAAUCUGGUUCACCUUCAACUUCUAUUAGAUCUUAGUCAGAACAGGCUCAUUGGAGAGAUACUGUCACAGUUUACAAAUUUAAGAAACUUGGAAAAGUUAAAUCUCUCCCACAAUCAACUCAUAGGUACCAUUUUUUCUGCAUUCAAUGGAAUGUUUAGCUUGACAUCCAUUGAUAUAUCUUACAAUGAGUUCGAGGGUCCACUUCCAAAAAACAGAGCCUUUCAAAAUGCUACGAUCGAAGCUUUGAGACACAACAAAGCAUUGUGUAGCAAUGUGAGUAGUCUGCAAUCUUGCAAAUCAUCCAUGUCAAAAGGACAAAAUGGAAAACCAAACCACAAAAUCCUGAUUGCUGUCAUGGUUCCAUUGUUAGCAAAUCUAUCAAUGGAUCAAGUAGUUGCAGUCAGAAAGCUUCACCAACCAUUACAGGAUGAAUGUGAGAAUGCCAACGUACAGGCAUUUAGAAAUGAGAUUUGUGCAUUGACAAAACUGCGACACCGAAACAUCGUUAAACAUUUUGGUUUUUGUUCAUUUGCAUGUCACUCCUUUUUGGUUUAUGAGUAUUUUGAGAGAGAAAGCUUGGCUAAGAUCCUCAAUAACAGCAAGCUUGCAUCAGAAAUGGAUUGGAUAAGAAGGAUUAAUAUUAUUAAAGGUAUGGCAAAUGCUUUGUCUUACAUGCACCAUGAUUGUUCACCACCAAUCAUUCACCGUGAUAUAUCAAGCGGCAAUAUUUUGUUGGAUGAAGAAUAUGAGGCUUGUCACUUGUGUGUCUGA